AUGUGGCCUUCGACUCCUUCGGUCGACACCUUGACUCGGCCGCGGUUGGUCGUAGCAUUAGUGUCUGCACUUGCCGCCGCCUCUGUCGGAUACUACGCCUACCAGUCUCGCCAGACGUCGACAGCACAACACGUCCAUAUAGGGGGGAGCUUGCAGAGGAGCAACGCAGUACGGCGCUCGAGCCGCCGGUCGCAACGCAACGACGCCGAAUCAAGCUCAUCCUCGGAGUAUCAGGGUGACGGGAGUUCAGUCAUCGGCCCUGCUCCCGUGCCGGACGAUGCCGAGACGGUAGUCGAAGCGGCCGAGGAUGAGUGGUGGACCGACACGUCCGGGAUUUCGACAGCCCAGCGAGCAGGACACAACAUAGUCAACUUGCUCUUUCGGGUUUCGGAAGACAACGCGAAACGAAAUGGUUGUGUUCAUAGAGGCUGCCAAUGCAAUUCUUGUGGCAUGGUGCCCAUUCGCGGGGUUCGGUACCGAUGUGCCAACUGCGCCGACUUUGACCUCUGCGAGGCUUGCGAGACGCAAGGAGUCCACAUCAAGACGCACAUAUUCUACAAGAUUCGAGUGCCUGCCCCUCCUUUUGGUCCUCGGCAGAUGCAACCGGUUUGGUACACUGGCGACCCGGACACGUGCCGCCGCAACCUGCCGAGGGGGUUGAUGGCCAGGUUGGUCAGGGAUACUGGCUUCGAGAGGCCCGAGCUGGAGGCCUUUUGGGAACAGUGGACGUUCAUGGCUAACACGGAGUGGAGGGACGACCCGGACGAGCUGCGCGUCGCCAUGGAUCGGAAGACAUUCGAGAGGUGCCUGGUGCCCACCGGUGGAUCCCGCCACGCGGCGCCCAAUCUCAUUCACGACCGAAUGUUCUCCUUUUACGAUUCAAAUCACGAUGACCUCAUUGGCUUUGGCGAGUUCCUCGACGGACUCUCCUAUCGCAAACGCAAGGACAAGCUGCGCAAAGUGUUUGAGGGCUAUGACAUUGACGGUGACGGUUACGUGAACAGGCGCGAUUUUCUGCGAAUGUUCAGGGCGUAUUACGUCUUGUAUAAGCAGAUGCACAAGGACAUAUUGGACGGGCUGGAGGAUCAGCUCCUUGCCAGCACGGAAGCACAGCAGCUCGUCACAAGCCGCCAGCCGUUGAGCAGCCUUUUCGGCCGCGAAGGACGAGUGCCCGCCGCAGAUGGCAACAUGCGAUUCGAGGGCAAAAUGUAUCGCCCCGACGGUAGCGUUGAUAUUGACGCAGGAUACAAUGGCGCGAUCGCCGAAAACCGGGGUGAUACAACGACUCGAGAGGACAUUCUAACGAGUUUGUUUGCCUACCUCACUGCGCAGCGACCGAGACGGCGAUUCACGAGUAGCGGUGACACCGACAGCAGCUGGCAGGCGGUCCAUCGAUCGAGCGUCGACGACACAUACCAAACGUACCUAGCCACCCUUCUACAGCCGCCGAGUAAUCUUGACGAUCUCCCAGAGUUCCUGGCCGGAAUCAGCAACCCCGAGGUCGGCGAAACCGAUGACGAAUUGGAUACUCAGGACGAGGGCGACGGCGAUGUGGAGGGUCAUGACCACGAUGCUCAUGGCAACUGCAUUGACUCCGAUUCCACGGCCCCACCGCAAAACGACAGCGAACGUCGAGCCCGCUUCCUGGCUAAUUCCCGUCGCCGAGCGUCCAAGCUGGAGAAGCGACGGCGAGACAUGGCUCGAGGCCAGCUUCACGAACGAUGGAAACGGCGGCAUUUCUACCUCGACGAGGAGGAAGGUGGUCUAGCCCCCGAUGAUUGGGGGAGCGACGAGGACAUUCUUGCCAAGCUAAAAAAGGCGGCCGAUAACUCCAAGUCGGCGGAUAGGCCAACCGUAUUCACUCGGUCGCGGUCAAGUUCCAAGGUGCGCUUUGCCGAGGACGUCGAUGACUUCGAGAUCCGUUCCAACCCAUCCACCUCGUCCAGGAGCAUUCCAGAGAGAUGGGGAGGCAUGGACAUUCCUGACGCCGAAAGGGACGCCGGCAAGGAGAUACUCUAUCAGGUGACGCAGCAAGCAUUCAACGAGCUCCUCGACAUCAUUUUUAAGACCGCCGAAGACAUGGCCAUCGAGGCGGCAGAGACGAAGGAGCGGAGAGAAAGGUUCAAGACCGACAUUGAAGCGCUAGAGGAGGCCAACGAGAAGGAUGAAGUCGUCAAAUCUGUUCCAUCGUCCGAAAGGCGCGCGGCUGAUGAAGGUGCUGUGGCCCCAGCGGCCCCAGCGGCCCAGGCUGCCGCUACGGCCCCAAAUCUCGAAACUUCUGGCGAUAGCUGCACUGCCGUGUUGGAGCCGCGAAACGCGCUGGAAAUUGAUGUCGACAUGUCCUUUGACCUGUCCGACUACAGGAUUCCGUCUGAGUCGUCUGUGGCCGAUGAUGCCGAGGUGGGGGAGUAUCGGGACCCAACUCUCCCGCAGUUCCGGCCUAACAACGACUCAUCCCCCGACGACACGCCAAGCCCGAAGAGGUUAACAUCUACAGGAGUGCUGUUUGAAGAAUUCGUGCAUGAAUCUGCUUCGGCAUCGGAACGGUCGACCGAGAGCGAACCAAACGCAGAGAUGCUGCAGAGGUGGAAAAUGCUGAAUCUGGCUGAGGCCAAAGCCGCGGAGAGGGGCGGCUGGGGACGACUCGGCUUUGAGGAGUUCGAAGCCAUCUACAGAAACCAGGAAUGCCUGGGCAACAGACUGGACUACCUCGGCAGCUGGAUCGAUUUUUGCAUCCCUUGA